CGGCCUGGCUCCCAGCCGCCCCAGAGAGGGAUGAGCCCCUCCGGAUGCCAAAGUGGGCAGAGCCGCUGGAGCCUGCGCCCGCCCCCCAGAGGUCAAAGUGCAGGACAGGACGUAUAAAAGCCCAACCCCAGGGCUCAGAAGCUGCCUGGCUGCCGGAGAGGCCGGACACUGGUGCCCUAGCUCCUGCUGGGGAGACUCCUGCCGCCUGCGACCAGCCCGAGGACCGGCCAUACCCGCGGAGGCCGGACGCCGACCGGACGCCGGAAGAGCCCGUAAGCCGACCGGUACGAAGGGACCCAGAGGAGCUGCCCAGCUUACCGCUCGCAGAGUACCCCGAGGAGCCCAUGGUGCUCGAUGCCGUGGAGGAUGCUGACCAGACGCAGGUCCGGUUCCCAUUUGCACCCACACGUGACUAUGCCAGGGACUUUGGCGCUGCUUUCAGUUCUGUUCAGUCUCCUCCACAUCACUGAGGGGCAAACGUUCAACUGGGGGCGCUGUCUGGAUCCACCGGUCCAGGAGAACUUUGAUAUUACCAAGUAUGUUGGGAAAUGGUAUGAAAUUGCAAAGCUGCCUGCGAGCUUUGAGAAGGGAAUCUGCAUCCAGGCCAAUUACUCACUGAAGGAAAAUGGGAAGAUUAAAGUGAUAAAUCAAGAGCUCCGCUCUGAUGGCACAAUUAAUCAAAUCGAGGGGGAGGCUACCCAGGCUGACGGUGCGCUGGCCAAGCUUAGAGUCAGCUUUUACUGGGCCAUGCCCUCUAGCCCUUACUGGGUACUCUCCACUGACUAUGAAAACUACUCCCUGGUGUAUUCCUGCACUACUUUUAUCUGGCUCUUCCACAUUGAAUAUGCCUGGAUUCUGUCAAGAACUCCACAGCUGCAGCCAGAAACUCUGGAACGUCUGAAGAACCUUCUCCACUCCUACAAGAUUGACACUGGGAAAAUUAGGCCAACUGAUCAAAUGAAUUGUCCUCCUGAGAUGUAGAUCCCACUGUUUAGGAGAAGAAGUCCAGGCUAGUUAUGAACUCUGUUGCUUUAUUAGUGUUGAUUAAAACCUCUUAAUUUAGAAUAACAAUGUCUUUUGCUAAUGGUAGCUUGUAAACACUGACUGUAAUGUCUGUGUGAUAGCAGCUAAGUAGUAUUGGUACUCUGUCUGUGUAAUCUCUCUCAUGUACUUUGAGAAGCCUGAGUAAAUUA